AUGGCUACUGAGGACAAGUCAUCAUACAUUAUCGUCGGCGCAGGCGUGUUCGGUGUCUCGACUGCUUACCACCUAAUCAAGAAGUAUCCGCAUGCAUCAGUCACUCUGGUUGACCGAGAUGCAUAUGAUGCGGACAACCGCGUAGCUGCUUCGUGGGAUUGGAACAAGGUGGUACGCGCAGACUACGACGACAUCGUCUACUGCCGGCUGGCACUGGAGGCCCAAGACAUCUUCAAGUUCGAUCCGCUCUGGAAACCAUAUUUCCAUGAGACUGGUAUAUACUGGAUGUGCCGCAGUGACUAUGCGCAGGAUGUCAUCAACAAUUACAAAAGGCUUGGCCGUACGGCCGACCUGGCGGCCUAUCCUAUUGAGGAGGCUCGUAAGCUUUACGGCGGUCUUUUCGAGGACGCCGACUACACGGGCGUCAAGGAGGUUCUCAUCAACAAGACAAGUGGAUGGGCUGCCGCUGGCGAUGCAUUGAGAGCGGUCACUCGUAAAGCUCUGGACUUGGGUGUCAAGUAUCACGUCGGAGAAGUGGCAGGCCUGCUCUUUGACAGAGACAGCCGUUGUUCUGGAGUGAGAACAGCCGGAGGCGACGUCCUGAUGGCCACGCAUACCGUGCUCUGCACUGGCGCAUACACGCCGAAGCUGCUGGAAUACAGCGCCGCAAGCAGCGGGUUGACUGAUCUGCGGGCCGGGUCGAGAAUUGUGGCAGGCGGAAUCACGACAGGGAUGACCAAGCUGGACGACGAAUCAUACAAAAGGUUUGCGUCAAUGCCCGUCGGCGUUCAGGGAUACACAGCCGCGACAGGCCCGUUCAUCGGCAGCCUGCCUCCGACUCCAGACAGGGAGCUCAAGUGGUGGGGGCAGACGAUUUUCAGAAACACCCGAGAGGUACUCCCUGGUCGUUUUCUCUCAGCACCACCAGCGGAACCGGACUAUGGGCAGUGGGAUGUCUCUCGAAAGCUCAAGGAGGACAUCGACCACGCCAACAAGGUCUUCUAUGGCAAGAAUGGUGCAAACUGGACGAUGGAGAAACAUCGCAUCUGCUGGGACGCUUUCACGACAAGUGCUGAUUUUAUCAUUUCUCCACACUCCGCGGCAAAAGGCUUGUACAUUGCAACCUGUGGCAAUUUCCACGGCUACAAGUUCUUUCCUGUACUUGGCAAGUACAUCGUGCAGAUGCUGGAGGGGGAGCUGUCCCCUGAGUUGGUCCAGAAAUGGGCAUGGGAUCGGGAAAGACCCCAGCCUUCGGUCAACCCCGACUAUCCGAGAUUUGAAAUGGCGGACCUCCUGGAUGCCAAGAGAACGUCCAAGCUGUAG